AUGUCAGACGCAAGCACUACUCAUCGUAUUUCUAUCGAUAUUGGAUUGGGUGACGGCGACCACCGCGACGCCUUCACGAGAGCACUAUGGAACGUCCUAGCGACCAAUAUCGCGGAAAUCACCUUCGCACAAAUUAUCGACGGACUGCCUCUCUCGGAAGUUGCGCAAGACAGCGGCAAUGGAUCAUUGCCAAACGGACAUCCCAUUCACGACCUGCACCAACAGCUUUGUCCGGGUGUGAUAGAAAAGACACAUGAGUUUCGGGACAAGUUCGACCCAGGAACAAUACAGAUAGAUUCAAAGCUUAUCAACGACUACCGCGGGGCGUCGGUGGGAUCGCGAGCCUUCAAGGUGCGCCUGGUUGAGCUGGUUGCCGUCGCAGUCCAUCAAAUCGCUGUUCAAAUCUUCAAUUUGGACACCAGCCUACACAAAGAGGACGGUAUAGCAUCAUGGAAACCACCUAAAGAUGACUUGUUCUGGGAAUUCUACCCAGAGGGUGCGUGGCCUACACUCUUCAGACACGAAUGGUAUCAUGAUCAUGACCAGUAUCCUGAUGGGAUUGCGGAUGUGGUCGGAUACUGGGCUGAGUCCCGCAUCUUCGGCGGCGUAGUUUUAUUCGACCGACGCUCACCUGAGUCAGCCUCAGAUGUGCAAGAUGACUCCGUAUGGUUCCAUCCUGAUCGGGAAGAUGUAACGUAUCGGAUAUUCCAGCUGAAUGAAGACCAAAAGCUCAGUCUGCUGGAAUUCUUGACAUCUGAGAACCCCAACUUGAGCCUUCUGCCUAUACUGGCUGACGAGCAUAACACUCGUCGAGAAGACCCAGAGGAGCCGAUUGAGAAUACUGGCAUUUAUCGCGAUAUAUGGGAGAGAAAGCCGCUGAGUCCAGAGGCUUAUGAUCAAAGAUCGAGGGAUGUAUGGGACAGUAUUGAUUAUCCAUUAAUGUCAGACUUCGAACGGGCUCUGCAUAGAGCGGGAGAGAGGAGAAGACUGUGA